AAGAAUGGAAACUACGUUGUUGUGUGGCAAUUUGAAAUGAAUGGAUAUAUAGGGUUUUGCAGGAAAGGGGAUGAUCAUUACCGCGAGAUUUCAACACGGGUCGGUGUUCAGAGGGAGUUACGAGGUGUAUACGAUAUGGUACUUAAAGGUUACAAUCUUUACGUCUUUUCCACCCGUGAGUUCAUUCGACACUUGGAUUUGUCUGGACAAGAUGAAGAUGGUUUCAAGGAUGUGUCCGAAAAACAUAAGCUUCCAAUGUGGAGGCCACGUCUGAGUAUGGAUGAACUUGAAAGAAUCAAGAAAAAUAAGGUCAUCUCAUUUAACGAAAGCAUUGUUGUUACAAGAUCAGGUCUGGUUUUGCUUGUCUAUACUUACGAGUUAGGUACCUCUGAAAGGCAUAGGAUGUUCCACUUGUACAAGAGGGAUCCUAAAGAUCUUGACCCGGAUACAUACGACACCCGGCUUGUUGAGGUACAUUCUCUAAGUGAUGAGGCCCUCUUUCUGGAUUUGGGUAUUACCGUGCCUGCUGACCAUACUCUUGGUAUUGAGCCUAACUCCAUUUAUUUCACCCGUGGUGAUCGUAUCUGUCACAAGGAAUCGUCAUGCCUCGACAUCUGUGUCUUCAAUCUUACAACGAAGACCAUCAAACGCUUCCCCAAAUUAAACGUCAUGAAGGAUGCUCAAUGGUUUCUUCCCUCUUGAUUCUUGCCUUCCUCUUGGUUUCUCCAUCGGCCUAAACCCAUCCCAACCUCAUUUAUCUUCUUGAGAACCCAUCAACACUAUCACUGAUCUGAGAUAUGCCAAUGCCACCAAUGAAGCUUGUACAAAUGA